AUGACUGAAACGGUCGUCGACGAGGAGGCGUGGCUCCUGGCCUCGCCGCAGAAGCCGCGGCGCGGCGCCCGCGCCGUCGUGGCGAGCGUCCUCGCCGUGUCCGUUUUGGCGCUCGCGGCGAUCCGCGGCGCGUUCACGCCGUCGGCGCCGCGGCCCGCGGGUCGCCUCUACUACGCGGACGGCCAGGCCUUCGCCGAGCUCCAGACUUCGUUAGAAGAAUUUGAGAAGGAAUGGCAUAACGCGUUCCCCGAGGAGCUCGUCGCGCAGUGGGAGGAUGGCGAGUUCGAUCUCCUGCCGAUUGAUACUGGAGACGGCGAGGACGAGCCCGAUCUCCUGCCCGUGAAGUCCGGAGACGGCGGCGACGGCGACGGCGACGGCGAAGACUCCGGCGGUGGCGGUACGCACGUGCCGCUGCUCUGCGACGAGGACUGCGAGGGCGACGAGCCCGACCUCCUGCCCGUGGAGUCUGGAGGCGGUGACGGCGACGGCGACGGCGAGGACACCAGUGGCGGUACCGUCGUGCCGCUACUCAAAGAUGACGACAGCGGCGACGAGCCCAACGUGCCGCUACUCAAAGACGACGACGGCGGCGACGAGCCCGACGUACCGCUACUCAAAGACGACGACGGUGGCGACGAGCCCGACGCCGGCGACGCGUCGACGACGCCCGACGACAACGGCGGCGCGAACGGCGGCGACGGCGUCCUGCCCGAGGAUAACGACGACGGCGCGUCGCAGCCCGGCGCCGGCGGAGGCGUGGCGGGCGGCGUCGCGCCGACGGUCAAGGGGCCCGGCUAUGGGCAAACGAUGCCUGGACAUAACGUCGACGGCGGCUUCCGGCCCGUCCUGCAGGUGGGUCCAGAUCUCUCCGAAGUCACGCAGCCAGGCCUCGGCCAGGGCAACACGUUCGUGACGUCGUGGGACGACAUGCGGAAGAAGUGA